UCUCGUAAAAAAAAGUCCAAACUAUUAAAAACAGAAACUGUGAACCUGCAUGCACGCUAGUAUAAAAAAAACUGUCUAAAAAAAGAUAGCCACACACGUCGGCUGGUCUAGAAGAAACCAGCAGCCGCAUCGCUAGCGCUCCUCCACAGAAUCUUAUCUCCUCAGUUUUUCUUCGCUGCGCCAGUUAUUCACAUGCCGACCUCCCCUGGGACACGCCGCCGCUGCCGCUUGCACCCACCGCCGCGGCGCACGCCACCGAAUCUCGCCGCUCCCCCGGAUCCCUUCACCACCCCGGCCAUGGGCGCUGGCUCCCCCGCCUAGAAUCCCCGCUCCCCCGGCCAUGGCGCGCGCUACACACCCGCGCAACCACCGGGAAUCCCACGAUGGGCUCCUCUGCAGAGGAGCUAGCUCCGCGCCGUGCGCUCCAGCACCGACGCUCGUGCCGUUCAAUGGCGACGGCGGCCAUGGCCAUGCUCACUCAUGCUCCAACGCCGGCCGUCCUCGCGCAAGUCCCUUUUCCUCUGUAUCUUCAGAUCCCAUCCCACCACCCGAGCGCCUCCUCCUCGCGCCCUCGUCGACGAUCUGCAGACUGCAGUAGCAGCAGCAGGACCCCCGCCGGAAGCAGCAGCUCCACCGCACAACAACGGCGCUGCGGGUGUCACUCUCGAGCGCCAGUUCACGGUCCCAGCGCCCAUCUACCUGUGCAGCGCGGCCGCUAACUUGGGCAGCUCGAUGAGGAACGCCGGCGGCGCCCGGGUGCCCUCGUGGAUGGCCAGGCUACUCUGUACAAAGCAGCUCUGCAGCCCGAGCGCUUCAGCCACCUCCCAAAGCAGAGGAGAGGAGCUCCCUGCCACGAGCCUUUCCAGUGCCGGCAAACCAGCAGGCCGACCCGCCCCCUACUCCGCCAAGCUUCACCACCGCUGGGAUGCCCCCUCCUCCCCUUCCCCGCUUGGAUCUGGCAGGCGCCGGGGCGGUGGCGUCGUCCCCGUGAUGUCGCGCAAACAUGAAACAUUUUUCCAGAGUGCCACUUAAACAGGGACUGCGGGCUUAUUUCAAAGAAAUAGAAGGGCUUUUGCGCAAAAACGCCAACGACGUACGGGCAGAAGCAUUAGCUGCUUUAUUAGUAGGGAAAGAUUGUAUUUUUGUAUUUGGUACUCCCUCUAUAAUAAUUUAAUAUAAGAACGUGAGGGAGUAUUUUCUUGCGGUGAACAAGGGGCUAGGCGCGUCUCCUAAGAGCAAGAGUCAAUUACCAAAAAUGCUUUCGCCCCGCUUUAUAAAGUACUCCCUUCAUUUUAAAA